AUGGCCGACGAGGAAAGAACUCAGCAAUCCUUGAGUGAGAUCCCGUUUCUCGACAAAGAAGAGAAACAUGACGAAGAAUUCCUGGACUGUGAUGAAGUGCUACAUAAAAGACCCAAAACUCGCUCAUGGCUACAGAGAAACCGCAGUGCGGUUAUAUGUCACGGGCUGAUGAUCUCUUGCUAUCUUUUGAUCACAGCUGUACUUUGGAACACUCACGUCGAACUAGGAUCUGGCUCCGACCAUCUUCUUUUCACUCCCAUUAAGGAUAACAUCCGAUACGUCGUCAAAGAGAUAAAGGAUAGUCCUCGCGAUAUUGUCUCUAGCGAGUAUGUAGGAACCCCCACUCCAGAGACUGAGAAAGCCUGGGAAAGACUUACACGUUUUCAUAAUCUUCGCAUCACUGAAGAAGAGAUGCAUGCGAUGAACCUGAACACCUCUAAUGCAAUAUCGUUUGCGCGUGGUGGAGGCUAUCACGGAAUGAUGGGUGUGUUCCACGAGCUGCACUGCUUGAAGCUCGUCAGAGAAGCGACUCGUCCAGACCACUACUACAAGAAUAAAGGCAAAGCCGAGCGAGCGGUUCUCGCAGGACAUACAGACCACUGCAUCGAGAUCCUUCGCAUGGGAGCUAUGUGUCGAGCUGAUCCCAUGAUAUUCCCGUACCACUGGGUCGAUGCAAAUCGAGUACCCAAUCCCACGUGGAUUCAGAAUCACGAAUGUGUGGAUUGGGACCAUUUCGAAGAAUGGCUCGAGACACGCCGAGUGGACAUUCAUGCACCGAAUGUUCUGGUUCACCCUCUUUAUGGUCCAACGUAUCCGGGCGGUAAAAGUAUCAAGGAAUCUAACGGUCCACAGUGGUAUCCAUUAGAUCCCGAGUAG